AGCAACUCCAACGCUCAUACUUCUUGUCGGCUCCACCCGCUCUACGUCUUCACGAACGUCACGAGACAGACACGUGGUCGUAUUCGGCCCCCAAUGGAGGGGUACGAGCCGUCCCGAGGGUGGCUGUGCUGGUGGUUGCCUGAGAGCCUUGUCCCCGACACCCAACAUGAAGAUGACUUCGGUUCAAUCAAUUCAACGGCAAAUGUGAAUUGCCGUCUGCCUGCCAACGGCCGAGGCUCUCCCCAGGCCAGAUUCACCGCAUCGGAUCUGCACGGCCAGCAACUGGGGCACGAUGGAGCCCAUUUCGGCUGCUGCCACAGUGCUUGGCCUGGUCAGCACAAUCGCCAGCGUCACCGCUUCGGCAACCGCCUUCAUGCGCGACGUCCGCGACGCGCGGAAAGAGAUUGUGGCUGUCACGAAAGAGCUCAUGUCUCUGAGAGCGAUUCUUGAAAUAUUGGAAGACGAUCUCAAUGGCCCCACGAGUGCCGUGGUUCCGGACAGCACCCUGAAGCAGAUCGUCGAGAUCACCGAAAACUGCUCGGCUGUGGUCAGUGAUAUUGGCGCCUGCAUAAAAGGCAUGCAGGGGUCGAGACUCAAGUGGGCCACGUCUGGAAAGACCUCCAUCGAGACUCUGCGGCGAGAUUUGGAGAUACGGAAGUCAAGCUUGAGUGUGGCGCUGGACAUCGUCUCAGGCAUUGUUCUAAAGAGCGUUAAGGGUGAUACGGGCCAGAUCCUCCAGGACACCACGGCCCUCAAACAGGACACGGCCCAGAUCCAGAGCGACCUUGAUCGCAUCAUCGCCCAACUCUCCCAGCUCCAAACCACCGAGCCUGAGCAGCACCAGUCAAACUACAUCCUCGAAAGAUUUCUCGGCGAUCUCAAGAGCGAUGCCGCCACUGUUCUGGGAGAUGCAGAAUACCUCGGCGUUUCCUCUGCCGACGACAGUGGUGACGACGACGACCAGGCCCGGGGCCGGCCGGGUAACGGACAGUCCGACCCCUAUGCACAUAUAGCGUUUACGAAUGCGCAGGGCCGCCGGUAUCCGAUUCCCUACGCCGCCUGCCAGACAUGGGAGGACAUGGCGGAAAUAAUACAGCAGUCGUAUGCCAACGUCCGGGAAAGCGAAGAGGUCAGCCGGGGCCGAUACGACCUCGUUAGUACGGACGGCGAAAUAAUCCUCAAGUCUCUCUGGGCGAGGCUCGUCCGGCCCGGAUGGGAGAUAAAGAUGAUAAUGUGGCCUAAGCAAGACCCUAACCGAGUUGAACCGAUUAAGUUCAAAGACGCCGUCGGACGCAAGUUCACAUUCCCGUUCCACUUGGUCAAGACAUGGGAGGACAUGAGUGAAAUCAUCAACCAGGCAUUCCACCACGUGGACGUAAUCGGCCCUCAUGUGAAGGAAGGCCAUUACGACCUUAUAGGCCCAGACAGUGGGAUUAUUCUGCCCGGGGCGUGGGAAAGCACCAUCGGGCCAGGCAUGAAUAUUACCAUGCACAUGUGGCCAAUAGACAAGAUUCGCCAGUCGCCACCACCACUGCCACCACCAAUGUCAGGACCAAGGCAGACGUCGGGGCCGAGACCGCCGCUGAUGCCCCCAAUGGGAAUCCCGCCGAGGCCCCAGACGGGAUCACUGCCACCGCCAGUGUCGGGACCACCACCGGGGCAAUAUAUACCAAGGCGAGGCCCACCAUUGCCACUGCCUCGGGCACAGGGAGGACAGCCCUUCCCAACCAACGGGGUGGUGGUGCUUGUGGAAGAUGAAGAGAAAGAUAAAAGCGUGAGAAAAGGAGGGACCGGCAAGAAGGGAAAGAAGCGGAGGGAAAACACGCUGGGCGCAUUCGGACUUUUCCCGAGUCCUCGAAAGCUUAAAGAGUCACCGGGAGCAAGCACGUAACAAGGGGAGAGUUUUGAGAGCCACCUGGUAGACGCAGGGGGUGGGGGAAUUUGUCAGAUUUAUAGUCACCGAGGCCGGCUGCAGGUGGUGUUGGUACUUGGAUUCAAUACCUCAACUGCCCCAGUCAGGUCACAUAGCCGCACGUAUUAUGAACAUAGUUCACGUAUUAUGAACAUAGUUUUAUAGAUCUCUGCUCC